CGUGCGGCCGGUCGGAGAGAAAAAUAAUUGUAAAACACAAUAUCGAUGUUUUAGAAACAUUUAUUUCGAACGGUGCUCUCGGAUAUAUAGUCGGACGGACAGUCGAUAUAUCAAAAACGGUGUUUAUUGAAAAAAUUCGGAUAUUUUUUCGUCAACGGUCGCGUUUGUGAGCGUGUGUGUGUGGCCAAAGGAGAAAUUGUAAAAAAAACCGGUUCCCGCACUUCUUGCAAUUGCCAGCCUUUUCCCAAAAAAAAAAUCCAACACAAAAAUAAAUACAAAUAAGAAGGAGUAAUGAAAAUAAAAUAGAGGAAAGGAGGAGAAGGAAGUAAAUAAAAUCGAGAAUCGCUCGCUAAACAUCAUCCCAAAUUCGGCUUGUGUUUUUCCUACGUCUUGCGUUUUUUUUUGGUUGUUGCCUCUCCUUCCCGCUUGUUAUUGUUGUUGUUCCCGUUUCGUUUAUUUCGUUGUUGUUGUUUUUUUCCCGAUACGAUUGAAAGGAUAAACCAUUUUCUACGGGAAUAAAAACCUCCCGAUCGCUGCAUUAUUUUUUUCCUGUGACCAAAACGAAGAAAAUUCGCUGAGAAAAAUAUUAAGUGAGCCAGUGCACAAGAAUCAAGGCAAAAGCGAAGUUAGAAGAAUCAAAGCCAAGAAUUAAGAGUCAGUGCCAAAACCAAGAAAAAAAUAUUAAUAAUAAAGUGAGAAAUACGAGAAAUUCAAGAAACAAAACAAAAGUUGCAAAAUUUACCGAAAAUUCCUGCCGAACACGAAAAAUACAAGAAAACGAGAAAGCAAGGAAAGAAAGCAUAACUUUGGUAACUUUGGCAACUUUGGUGCGCAUCUGUUGGAUGCAGGGCAUAAUAAAGUCCAGCUACGGGACUCCUGGACCAGGUGGAAAAACAAAAGGUAUACAAGCAAGCGGCAAGUCGGAGUAAUUGAACGAAGAGCAACAACAACCUGGAAAAGCAUAAAACAUAAACAGACAGCUCCUCCAUUCUAAAUACAAAAAUCCCUCUAAAAAAGGCCGGUUUAAGUUUUUAAAGUUAAAGUCGGCUUCUGGGAAUUGGAAUCGUUAAAAGAACUCCCGCACUUAAAGUGGGGUUUUUUUUUUUGGAAUUUGAGAGUUUGCUGGCAAGUGUGACUGGAAAUAUCUACGAAAAAUUAAGAUGAUGUCCAACUCCAAGUCCUGCGGCUGCUAAGUUCCCGCCAAGACGCAGUCAGCCUUUCUCUUCGUCGUGAGAAGAGGAGAAGGAAUCUCGCCCAGGAGAGGAAUCGCUUGAAGCUAUAUACCAUGUAUCCGGCCAGCGGCAGUGGUGGAGGAGGCGGUGGAGGCAGUGCAGCCACGGCUGCCAAAUUCCAGAAUCGCUGCGGAUCACCGCAGUUUGCCAACGAGUAUCCGCAUCCACAUCCGCACCAGCAUCCUCAUCAGCAUCCGCAUCAAACGCAAACGACAUCGGUGGCAGUGCACAGUGCUCCACCGGGUGUGGUUGGCGUUGGAGGUGGCUCAAGUGGCGGUGGUGGUGGUGGUGGCGGCUCCAUGUCCAUGCGACAUGGCCAACGGAUGGUGGCCUCGCAUCAGCAUCCCAGCAAUCAGAUGACCCUGAACCAUGGCCACGGAAUGGGUCAUAAUCAUGGCAUGGGUCAUGGCCAUGGCCAUGCGGCAGCCACCUUGGGGCAUCCGCAUCCGCAUCAGCACAGCGGCGGCAGCAGCAGCAGUGGCAGCAACAGCCACGGUCAUGUGGGUUCGCACCUGAUCUUUCCCGAUGACAUGGACAGCAUUGAGUUCUGUAUGCCAGCGCCACCCUCAUCCUCAUCCUCCUCCUCGCAACAGAAUGGCAUCGGGAUGGGAAUGGGAUUGGGAAUGGGCGAUCAAUUGCUCAUGGGCAGCAGUCACGGUGAGGCAUUCACGGAGAGACGACGACGGGGACACAGUCGGCGGAGCAAUCACAAAAUGGAUGUGGAGCAGCAGGUCAAAUGGUCUCGCAAAAAUAUAGCCGCCACCAUGGAACGCUUUGAACCGACGCCCAAUACACAAUCCUCGUCGUCCACCUCAUCACUGGACUAUGGAUUCGCCGCUGGCGUUAUGACGCCCAGCAGCAGCAGUGCCACGCCCUCGCAUGGCGGUGGUGCCUCCAAUCCCUCGCUGCAUGUGGCCUUCAAUGGAGGCUCAGGUGGUUCAGCGAGUGGCGGUGGUGCCGUUGGCGGCUCUGCCGUCGGUGGUGCCAGUGGCUCUGGAGCAGCUGCUCCUUCGGCACCCUUUAACCAUGUCUACUCGUAUGCCUACUAUGAACCUGGAGCGGCCAAAUGUCAUACAAAUGUGCCCGCCCAGGGAUCGGGUUCUAGCUCUGGUUCCGGCUCAGGGUCCGUUUCCGCCUCUGGUUCAGGAUCUGGGUCGGGUCAGGCCCAGGGUCACUCAAAGAGUCCGCCCCGAAACUCAAUCCGCGCCCUGCUGGCCAAGAGUUUCCGCUCGAAGAGCAGCUCCAACCAUGGCGGUCAGUCCACAUCGAGUUCACCGAGUGCCGAGGAACGGGAUCGUCAUACAUAUACCACACGUUAUGGCACCACCGAGAAUCUGUACGAGGAGGUUAGCGAGCAGAAGAUCCGCAAGGUGCUCUCGGACAACCGAAUUGCGAGCGGUUCCAGUGCGGGUAACGUGAAGGAGGAGCAACGUCGCGUCCAGCACAAUCAUUUCCGGGUGCUGGACGAACUGAAUCUAUCGCUGGAGGCUUUGAUAAUGCCACCCACGCCGCCGGAUGUUAGUCCCAGUCACGCCCUGGGCGAAGAUGAACCCAAUACCAACACAUCGAAUUUGGUGACUGGCAGUGGUUCAGGAGCAGUGGGUGGCGGAUCUGCGGGAUCUCAGAUAGCAGCAGCGGCAGCAGCGGCAUCGUCUUCGGGAGCCUCAAAGACGGCUCAGAGGCCGCGGCGUGGUGGACUCCUCGGUGGAGCAGCCAAUUCUGGCAGUCAUGGCACCUCGCACACCUCCAGCUCCGCCUCGCAUGCCAGUUUGGAGAAUCUAUCGAGCACACUGAACAGCAUGGAGUUGAAGGAUCAUGGUCAUAGCAGUUGCAUCAAUCCCGAGUUCGAUGAGGGCGACCUGGACUCUGGAUUCAGCGGAAGCGGCAGCAGCAGUGGGGCAAGUUACAAUGAGAGCCUGCGCUACUACAAGUCGGCUACGCCCACUGGUCAUCAGAUGCAUCAUCAUCAGAUGCAGAUGCAGCAUCAGCAUCAGCAUCAAAUGCAACUCCAUCAGCAUCAGAUGCAGGGUGGCCACCAUCACAAUCUGAAUAACAAUACGUUGCCGCAUAAUCUGCGCAGCUGCCGCUCUUCGACUGCCUCGGGCACUUCGACCUCCAAGAGCAGCAUGGCCAGCUGUGGCGAGGAUCAGGGCAUUGGCAUGACCUUGGCAGUGGGUGGUGCUCAGGAUGGUGGUGGCAAUGGUGGCAAUGGAUCCCUGUCCCCCUUUAGUUAUCCGAGACGAUGCUCGGCGGAUCAGCAGCGUGCCUCUGGCAGAUCGAUGACCUCCAAUGGAGGAGGAGGUGGAGUAGGAAUCGGAGGAGGAACAUGCGUGCCCGUGGGCAACAUGGGCAUGACCAUGGGCAGCGGCAAUGGCAGCAACCUGGGCAUGGGCAUGGGCAUGGGUAUGGGGAUGAGCAUGAGCAGCAGCAGCAAUGUGGCACUUUCCACUGGAGCGAAACCCAAGAAGAAUUUCUGGACCAUGAAACCGUGAUGCUACAAAAAGGCGCUGCGUCACAUUUGCAAGAAAUGGACUAUUG